UUAAGAAUCAAAGCGUGGAAUAAUGCCAAAGAGUUGAUGCAUGAAAGCUCACAAGCUUAAUUUCAAACUUCUUGGAUAAGAUGAAUGAAUCAUCACCAACCAAUUAAAAAUUGGUAAAAAUUGUCACCAGACAGAGCUGAUGAAACACAAAAACAAAGGAAUUGUAAGUUGAGAGAGAGCAAGGCAAGAAGAAGAAGCAUGUCCUCAACAACAAAAGUAGCGGUCCCAAAUGUUGUUCUGCAAUCAUCAUUCAGCAUGCCCGUGAUAGGCCUAGGAACUGCGGCCGAAUCCAACGACGGCGAAGCCAUCAAACAGGCGGUGAUAGAGGCCAUCAAGGUCGGUUACAGGCACUUUGACACUGCUUCUCUUUAUGAGUCUGAGCAGGCUGUGGGAGAAGCCAUCGCUGAAGCCCUUAAACUUGGUCUAAUUGGCUCAAGAGAUGAGCUUUUUAUCACUUCCAAGUUAUGGUUACCUGAUAACCAUCCCCACCUUGUUCUUCCUGCUCUACAAAAAUCACUUGAGACUCUUAGAUUAGAUUACUUAGAUCUGUACUUGGUCCACUGGCCCAUGAGUGCCAAGCCUGGAAUAUGGAAAGUUCCUUUUGAAGAAGAGGAUUUGGUACCAUUUGACUUAAAGGGUGUAUGGACUUCAAUGGAAGAAUGUCAGAACAUGGGUCUUACAAAAUCAAUUGGAGUCAGCAACUUUUCUACCAAGAAACUUGAAGAUCUCCUCUCUUUUGCAACAAUUCCUCCUUCUGUUAAUCAAGUUGAGAUGAAUGCUUCCUGGCAACAAAAGAAUCUAACAGAAUACUGCAAAGCCAAGGGUAUAAUUAUAACUGCAUAUUCUCCUUUGGGAGCCCAAGGAACCCGUUGGGGUAGUAAUGAUGUUAUGGACAGUGAAUUGCUCAACAACAUUGCACAAACUCAUGCAAAAACUGUGGCUCAGGUAAGUCUAAGAUGGUUAUACGAGCAAGGUGUGACUGUUGUGGUGAAGAGUUACAAUAAAGAAAGAAUAAAACAAAAUUUAGACAUAUUUGAUUUUUCACUUACAAAUGAUGAUUACCAAAAGAUUAGGCAAAUCCAGCAGGAGCGCAAGGUGAAGAACGGCCCUGCAGGAUUCGAUGUCAUAGAUCAUCUAUGGGAUGGAGAAAAUUAGUAGUUUAUAUAUUUCUUUUUGAGUUCCAUGUUAAUGACUUAUUUGGAUAGUCCUUGUGAAAAGCCUUUAUAUGUUUAAUAGAGGGACGACUAAUCUCCCAAAGUAUCUGUGAUUUCUGCCUUUACAUACCACAGUUCCAGCGUAUUUUUUGUGUUAA